UAGAAGCCACCAAAAUGGCUGAAGUUGAGCAGAAGAAGAAGCGGACCUUCCGCAAGUUCACCUACUGCGGCGUGGACCUGGACCAACUGCUGGACAUGUCCUGUGAGCAGCUGAUGCAGCUGUGCAGCACCCGACAGAGGCUACUGCUGAACUGCAGCCUGUGGCGGAAGCAGCACUCGUUACUCAAGAGCCUGAGAAAGGCCAAGAAGAAGGUGCCGCCCAUGGAGAAGCCCGAGGUGGGGAAGACCCACCUGAGGGAUAUGAUCAUCCUGCCUGAGAUGGCAGGCAGCAUGGUGGAUGUGUACAACGGCAAAACCUUCAACCAGGUGGAGAUUAAACCAAAGAUGAUCGGCCACUACCUGGGCGAGUUCUCCAUUACCUACAAGCCUGUGAAGCAUGGCGGGCCUGGCGUCGGUGCCACUCACUCCUCCCGGUUCAUCCCCCUCAAGUAA